UCGUUUAAAAAAUGGCUGCGCCCAUGAGAAUUUAUCAUUCAACUGUCAAAACUUUCUUAAAUGUAUCAAAUUCACACUGCACUUGUUCUGUGAGGAGAUUUAACCCAAGAGAGUUGAAGAAAUUUUACAAGAAUGCAACUAUAGCACAGUCAGAUGGCUGGUUUGAAAUUAAUUUAGACAAGAAAAAAUUGAAGACACCAAAUGGAAAGGUUUUCAAAGUUCCAAAUGAGGCACUGGCUUUAGCUGUAGCAACAGAAUGGAAUUCGCAAGACAAAAUAGUCAAGAGACAUUACAUGCAUUUAACAUCAAUGUGUAAUACAGCAUUAGAUAACCCUACAUAUAAAUCAAGAGAAGAUUUAGUUCGAAGUGCAUUGCAUUAUGUAGAGACAGACACAUUAUGUUACAGAUUGGAUGAACCAGAAGAUCUUGCCAAACUUGAGAAAGUAUGUUGGGAUCCUAUUCUUGAUUGGGCAAGGAAAAGAUAUGCUAUUGAAAUAGAAUCCACAACAGGUCUGUUACCACCUGAAGUGCCAUCCAGUACAUACAACAAAUUAAGGAGACAUUUAUUAUCUUAUGGUGACUGGGCAUUAUUUGGUUUUUUAUAUGGUACAGAAAACUUGAAAUCAUUGAUUUUAAUGUUGGCUUUGGUAGAUAAACAUAUAGAUGUAAAAACAGCUGUAACCUUAUCUAGGUUGGAACAAAAUUUUCAGACAACAAAAUGGGGUAAUGUGGAGUGGUAUCAUGACCUUGACAUUGAAGAGUUACACACCAGAGUAGCAGCAGCUGCAUUGUUUAUAUAUUGGUCUAGUGAAUCAUCAUCAAUUAUACAGAAAGCUGCUAUAGAUUUUUAAAUCAAUAAAAUUAUAGUCAAAAUAAUAAAAACUGUUUCAAUAUUU